UAAAAGUGUAAAAAAACUCUUUUUUUGUUCUUCUUCACAUUUCAUUCGAUUCAAAAAAUAUUCUGUUCUUAGAUUGUAAUCUGUUUUUUUUUCUGUAAUCUCCCAUUAUUGGGUUUUGAAUUUCUCGUCAUUUUACGAAAAAGGUUGUGAAUCGGCCUAAUCGAUCUCGGUCGUCAUAAGAUCUUACGUGUGUUUUACUAAUCGUGAAACAAUAUCAACGUCAGAUUCUUCUCUAUACACUUUUCUUUAAGUUUACCCAAUCAUCAUGUCUCCAAGUAUGGAGCCAAAGUGUGACCAUUGUGCAACCUCGCAAGCAUUGAUUUACUGCAAAUCCGAUUUGGCUAAACUAUGCCUAAACUGCGACGUCCAUGUACACUCUGCGAAUCCUCUGUCUCACAGGCACAUACGCUCUUUGAUCUGCGAGAAAUGCUUCUCACAGCCAGCCGCAAUCCGCUGUCUCGACGAGAAGGUUUCAUACUGCCAAGGAUGUCAUUGGCACGAAAGCAACUGUUCGGAGUUAGGACACAGAGUUCAGAGCUUGAAUCCUUUCUCUGGUUGUCCUUCUCCUACAGAUUUUAACAGAAUGUGGUCUUCAAUUCUUGAACCUCCUGUCUCCGGCUUGCUUAGUCCGUUCGUUGGUUCUUUUCCCUUGAAUGAUCUCAACAAUACCAUGUUCGAUACCGCUUAUUCCAUGGUACCACACAACAUCAGUUACACUCAGAAUUUCAGUGAUAAUUUGUCUUUCUUUUCCACGGAAUCUAAGGGAUAUCCUGAUAUGGUUCUUAAACUUGAAGAAGGAGAAGAAGAUCUAUGUGAAGGGCUUAACUUGGAUGAUGCACCAUUAAACUUUGACGUAGGAGAUGAUAUUAUCGGAUGUUCAUCAGAAGUACACAUAGAACCGGACCAUACGGUACCAAAUUGCCUAUUGAUUGACAAGACUAACACAUCCAGCUUUACCGGCUCCAACUUUACUGUAGACAAGGCUCUAGAGGCAUCGCCACCAGGUCAGCAAAUGAACAUCAACACUGGACUUCAGCUUCCUCUAUCACCUGUCUUGUUCGGACAAAUCCAUCCAUCUCUUAACAUCACUGGUGAAAACAAUGCAGCUGAUUACCAGGAUUGUGGGAUGUCUCCAGGGUUUAUAAUGAGUGAAGCGCCAUGGGAAACGAAUUUUGAAGUUAGUUGUCCACAAGCAAGAAACGAGGCUAAGUUGAGAUACAAGGAGAAGAAAUUAAAGCGCUCUUUUGGGAAACAGAUUCGAUAUGCAUCUCGCAAAGCAAGAGCUGACACGAGGAAAAGAGUGAAAGGAAGAUUUGUGAAAGCUGGUGACAGUUAUGAUUAUGAUCCAUCAUCACCGACGACGAACAAUUGAAAUUUACAAAAAUAAUUUUUUGUGAAUCGAAGAAAUCAACAUGUUGAGGCAUGGGAACGUUGGAGAACUAAAUAAAGUUGGUGGAAAGCCAAAAUGGUGAAAAUUAUUUAGUAACUUCUUUUAUUUACAGAAUCUCUUUU